AUGCUUUUGCUAUCGGUUUUCACAGUGAUUCUCCAGUCAACCUCACUGGUUGCUGCAUCCGCGAUACCUCCUGGAACCAAUGGCCGUCAUACAGCAGCGCAAAAAGGCCGUGGGAUUAGCAUUGCUAGUGAAAGCCAGUAUUGCAAUGAUAAAGCAGUUGAGUUAUUCAAAAAUAAUUUGGAGGCUACUGCGGCGGAUGCAAUCAUAGCUACAGUUUUUUGCAUUGGAACUGUUGCAAUGUAUCACAGCGGAAUUGGGGGUGGAGGCUUUGCUCUGGUGAAACAUCCAAAGGGCUUUGAAGCUAUUGAUUUCAGAACAACCGCACCUAGUCUAGCAACCGAUGAAUAUUACGAUGAUCCUCACCAUGAUGUCCACGUAGGGGGUGCAUCAGUAAAGAUUUACAAGUAUGCAAAAUUGGACUGGAAAAAGCUCUUCGGACCCGCUAUCCAAGCAGCGAAGGGCGAUUUCAAAGCAAAUGAAGACUUGAUGUACUUUGUCAAACGCGUCGCGAGGGACUUACCUCGUGAUCGGGAUGUGCUUCCGCCAGAUGAUAGUUGCGGCUGGUUUAAACAAUACCCUUGGAACGAAACAUUUUGCCCUGGGGGCCAAUUGAUAUCGGAGGGUACCCCGUUGAACCGGUCGAAAUACGCUGAGACACUGGAAGCAAUUGCGAACAGUGGGAACGAAGGUACCUUUUACAAGGGAACAAUCGCAGAUCACACUUAUGAAACCCUGAAGGGAAGAUCAAGCCUAAUGUCGAAAGAGGACCUGGAGAACUACGAGGCCAAAACGCGAAAGCAUGUUAGCAUUAACUACCGGGGCCACACAGUUACAAGCACGCCGAUACCUACGAGUGGAACGAUCGUUCUUAGCAUCUUAAAGCUUUUGGAAAAAUUCCCUGGUCGACAUGGCGCUUUCCAACCUGGGGCCGAUGGACCCAGCACCCAUUGGCUGCUUGAAGCAAUAAGAUAUGGCUAUGCUCAGAGAUCCAGAUUGGGGGACCCUGACCCCAAAUUCUUCCCUACUAUCGACAUGGACAAAUAUCAAGAAUGGUUACUCAAUGCGGACAGUGGAUUUCCCCAUGAAGUUACCAUCAAGGACAGGACCCUACGGGACAUCCUUGAGUACCUAGUACCAUACAUUGGAGCCGACCAAGCCAUUCCCGGCCUGUCAAACGAUACUGUGAAAUAUAGUGGAGGAACGUCUCAUGUCGUUGCUUUGGACAACGAUGGUUUAGCCAUAUCGCUUACGACCAGCGUCGGCGAAUGGUUCGGAAGCAGAGUCAUGGACCCUACAACUGGGAUUAUUUUUGGUGAUGACAUGUCUGACUUUCAGCGCAAGAAGCACCCGGAAAAUCCACUGGAGUUUGCAAAUAACCAUAUCCAAGGAGGUAAAAGGCCUCUUUCCGGAAUGUCGCCUACCAUCGUUACAAAUGAGCAGGGCGAAGUGUAUUUUGUUACAGGAUCUGCUGGUGGGACGCGAAUUCCCACUGCUACCUUACAAACAAUAGUCAAUGUUAUCGAUAGGGGGAUGUCAGCUGGAGACGCUAUUAGCUCACCACGUUUGCAUGAUCAGCUCAAUCCGAAUGUCACGGAGUUUGAUCUAUCGCUAACAAACGACAAGAGGAUGUACGACAAACAAAUCGUGAGAGACAUGCGAGACAGAGAUCAUCCAUUUACGUGGGUUGAGCCGGGAUUCUCUGCAGCCCAGGCUAUUAGACGGGUACCUGGAAAGGCCCCUGAAGCAUCUGGAGAGGAGUGGCAGGGUGAUUCAGGGGGAUGUAUCUGGUGGGAUGAAGUCAAAGAUUGUAAGUUCAAGUCCAGCUAA